AUGGAGAAAUUUGUUGCUGCCACAAAUGUAAAGGUUAGCAACCAUAUACCCGAUGAUCUUGCCUUCUUUAUUUUGUCUAAAUUGUCUAUAAAAUCUUUGUACCGAUUUGGAUGUGUACGCAAAGCUUGGACUCUCUUGUUUGAAAACCCUCAAUUUAUGAUAAUGUAUCGCAACUAUUUCCUUUAUAAUAACCAUUCCUAUUACGAUGGUGCUUCUAUCCUCCUGAAUCAUUGUCUAGUUCCUUCGGGUGAACCGAAUGAACUACUUCACUCUACGUUGUAUUUACUUUCUGGUGACAGGUUUGAGAAUAGGGUCAAAUUAGAUUGGCCACCUCCAUUUCACGAGGAUGACAGUUAUAUUGAUAUUUUGAGUUAUGUUUGUGUUAACGGGACUCUUUGUCUCAAACAAGGGAGCAACCCGUACGCAAAAUGUGUACUUUAG